AUGUGCUUCCAAGAGUUCAUCGGCUACACCUGCGGCCACUGCUCCAUGCCGGUCCUGCGCCCCUGCUCACUCACCACCUCGGUCCACCAGAACCCCGUCUGCAGCCUACAGGCCACUCGGCCCUUCAUCUCACCCGAAAUGUGUCCGGCAUGCUCCCGCAUCAUGCACACCCGCGCCGUCCUCAUCCAGGAGUGGGAGCACCACUUCCUCCACGAGCGCGGCGCCUGCGGCUGCGACGUCAUCUUCCCGGACCUAGUUCGCCCCAGGGUCAUUGGUGGUGAGGCUGUCUUUCGGUACCAGGCCAUGAUGGAGCAGCAGAACAAUGCCGUCAUGGACAAAGCACAGAGCAAGAACAACAAUGCCCAUGCCGUGGUAUCUUACAACCUCCCUCCUACCCCUCCCCCUCAAGACGGCCAGACAGCUCCUCCAAUCUUCCAAGAAGUCCACGGUCCAGACGGUCAGCUCGCCAUCGCCGUCCGUCUCCCCAGCCUGUACGCCGCCGAGUGGGUUGAUGACCACCGCAAGCUCCAUCAGCGCGGCGAAUGUUCAUGCAAGGCCGACUUUACUCCUUACAAGCCCGAGUGGGCGGUUCAAGACGGCCGUGUUCAGGAUCAGCAGCAACAACAGCAAACCCAGCCUCAAGUUGAGUACGCCACCCCCAUUGCCCCUGCCUCGAUGAGUCCCGAGCGCCGCCGCGCUGUCUCGGUCGACAUCUCCCAGACCCUCAUCGCCACCUGCAACGACACCGACAACACAGCCAACAAGGACACCAUCGAGGUCAGGACAGAGGUCAACUACCCCAAGCACCGCCGCUCCUCGAGCGCCGAGGUCACAACCACAUCUAACUCCAGCACCCACGAGUCCAGCGACGUCGGCGUCGAGGUCACCACGUCUGACUUUGCGCACUACAUCGGCGAGGAAGACAACCAGCAGCAUCACGACAUGGCCACCGUCAACCCCCCUUCCAUGAUCCAAACUCACAACUGGGGCCCAGCCCUGCGUGCCAUCUCGGCCGACGGAGACAUCUUCAAGCCCCGGUCUUCUGCUACAGCUGUCAACCAGACCCAGCACAACGAACAGCACGACAUGGAGAUGCACAUGGCCAAAAUGCACAUGGGAGCCGGCAUGCAGCCGCAGCAGCAGAGCGUCUGCAGCUUCACCAAUCUGACCGGCGGUAAUUCUGAGGAGCAUCAACGCUUCCGCAACCCGACCGCCCUCCCCAUCGCCAGCCUGCCCGUCGGAGCCGGACCAGAGGGUCGCCACCGCCACACCGUCCCGUUUGAGCAGUGCGUCCUGCGGCGGUAUCCUCCUGGUGUGAGGACUCGGUACUACAACUGA